GAUAGUCAUAGUGAUUCCAUUACUAUCCAGUGUCCUCUGGCCUUUGCUGUUUUAGAUUUUUGUAGUGGAAGUAGGUCACAGAUCCGCCAGCACCUUUCAUUUAGUCUAUUCUCUUUUAAUAUUUAACUUCGGUGACAGUUGCUUAAUCAGCAUGUAACAGCAGGUUAAAGAUCCAGGUGUGGACUGUGACACCAGGAUCAUAGUCAGGCAGGCAAUAGUUAGUCACUGUUCAGCUUUGAGUCAACAUGGCUUCCCAACACUCAGACAUGUCUCCAAAGAUCACAGGAGAGCUGCUCAGGCAGCUUCGCCAGGCCAUGAGGAGUUGUAAAUAUUUCUCUGAACCCAUACAGGCUUACAUUGUCCCAUCUGGAGAUGCACACCAGAGUGAAUACAUUGCACCGUGUGACUGCAGACGUGAAUAUAUCUGCGGAUUUAACGGCUCCGCAGGCACAGCCAUCAUCACGGAGCAGCAUGCUGCAAUGUGGACUGACGGGCGAUAUUUCCUCCAGGCCAGUCAGCAGAUGGACAACAACUGGACGCUUAUGAAGAUGGGGCUGAAGGAGACACCCUCUCAGGAGGACUGGCUGAUCAGCAUCCUGCCUGAGAACUCCAAAGUGGGAGUAGAUCCUUGGAUCAUUGCUGCUGAUCAGUGGAAGAACAUGUCCAAAGCUCUGACUGGUGCAGGCCACUCUCUGGUGGCAGUGCAGGAUAACCUGAUUGAUGCCAUUUGGACCGACCGUCCAGAAAGACCCAGCACACAGCUCCGCACCUUAGGGCUGGACUACACUGGUAUUUCCUGGCAAGACAAGAUUACAGCACUGCGAGCCAAGAUGACAGAGCGAAAAAUCACCUGCUUUGUUGCCACCGCGUUGGAUGAGAUUGCAUGGCUUUUUAACCUCCGUGGUGCAGACAUCGAGUACAACCCAGUUUUCUUUGCGUAUGCCAUCGUGGGGAUGAACACAAUAAGGCUUUUUGUGGACGUAAAGCGUCUCUCUGAUCCUGCACUGAGAGACCAUCUGCAGCUGGACUCCCCCAGCAAGCCUGAGCUGAGCAUCCAAACGUUCCCAUACGAGUCGGUCUACACUGAGCUCCAGGCCAUCUGCGCCGCACUCGGCCCCAAGGACAAAGUGUGGAUCUGUGACAAGGCCAGCUGUGCUCUCACACAGGUCAUCCCUAAGGGCCACAGGACUCCAAUUCCCUACACUCCACUGUGCCUCGCCAAGGCUGUGAAGAACGCCACUGAGAUACAAGGCAUGAAAAUGGCCCAUAUCAAGGAUGCAGUUGCCCUGUGUGAACUCUUUUCUUGGUUGGAAAAGGAGAUUCCAAAAGGCAACGUGACUGAGAUCUCUGCUGCUGAUAAGGCCGAAGAAUUACGCAGUCAGCAGAAAGAUUUUGUUGGCCUCAGUUUCCCCACAAUUUCCAGCGUUGGUCCAAACGGAGCAAUCAUUCAUUACAGACCUCUGCCUGAAACCAACAGAACCCUCACCAUGAACGAAGUUUACCUGAUCGACUCUGGAGCUCAAUAUGUUGAUGGGACCACAGAUGUCACACGCACCAUGCAUUUUGGGACACCAUCUGCUUUUGAGAAGGAAUGCUUUACCUAUGUGCUGAAGGGACACAUAGCUGUUAGUGCUGCUGUUUUCCCCAAUGGAACCAAAGGCCACCUGCUGGAUUCGUUUGCUCGUUCCGCUCUGUGGGAUUCAGGGCUCGACUACCUACACGGUACAGGCCACGGCGUGGGCUGCUUCCUCAACGUCCACGAGGGACCAUGUGGCAUCAGCUACAAGACCUUCGCUGAUGAACCUCUGGAGGCCGGCAUGAUCGUCAGUGAUGAGCCUGGAUACUAUGAAGAUGGCUCUUUUGGCAUUCGUAUUGAGAAUGUGGUCCUCGUCGUACCAGCCAAGCCCAAAUACAACUACAGAAACAGAGGUAGUCUGACAUUUGAGCCCCUCACGCUGGUUCCUAUCCAAGUCAAGAUGAUGAACACAGAGCUGCUCACUCAGAAGGAGCGGGACUGGGUGAACGAGUACCACAGGACGUGCCGGGUGGUGGUUGGAGCAGAACUGGAGAGGCAGGGCAGGAAGGACGCACUGGAGUGGCUGAUCAGAGAGACCGAGCCAGUCAUGUGAGGGCCGACUCUCUUGCAAUCCGAUCCUUUUUGCUGAUUGUUCUGCAGUGAUAAUCGUUUCUAUUUUUCUCAUCUUUCUCGGUGUCUCACACUUCUUUUGUAAAGCACAUCGUAUCAGCAGUUUUAUUAAAGAUCAUUAAAAAAAUCAAGAAAGAA